GAAGUACUGCGAUUGUACAGCAAAACAUAUCAGUCGGAAUCAUGCAGGCAGCAAGAGACGGAACCCUGAUUUUCGUAAUGGCUGCAAUUUUUGCUUUAAGCGGUGUUGGAUUUACAACAGCACGGAAAGGCACGGACCCUUGCAAACAAAAAAUAAAAGAAACAACGGGGUCGUGUUUUGGUGGCGGAAUAAUCGAGCAGCGCUGGGGAUAUAACUAUACAUCGAAAAAGUGCGUGAAAUAUUGGUACGCAAGCUGCCAUAGUAAUGGAAACAAUUUCCGGACGGUAAAGCAGUGUCUGGAGACCUGCAGUGGAGAUUCACAAUGCCUGAAGGAGCCCCAGAGCCAAUGGCUGCCACUUUUCCAAACAUUUUACUUUAAUGCAACUGAGGAAAAGUGCUUAAGCAGAAGAACAAGAAGAAUGAAAACCAGUAAUAAGAAGAACCGAUUUGCAACUCAGAAGGAAUGCGAGGAUCAAUGCAUGCCAAGCACUUCUGUAGUUGUAAGGAGUCACUCUAUGGCGUAACGCAAAUAAAACGAACGACCCAAGUGACAC